AUGGGCAUCGUCGACAACGCCACCCACACCCUCGCCACCCUCAUCAAUGCCCCCUUCGAGUUCCUCUAUCGUCUCCUCCAGGUCCUGCUGAGCUACAUCUUCUCCCCUCACCCACCACCCCCCAAUACACACCUCAGCGGACCCAAGACCGCCAUCGUCGGCGCCGGACUGACGGGUGUCUCGUCUGCUGCUCACUGUGUUGGACAUGGCUUCGAGACGACCAUCUUCGAGGCUGGCGAUCGGAAGUCGUUGGGUGGGAUCUGGGCGAAAGUGAAUAACACAUCCGGCCUCCAGAUCCACUCCAUCAUGUACCGCUUCUUCCCCUCCAUCAACUGGUCCGGAGGCUACCCCAACCGCCAACAGAUCGUCGCCCAGGUCACCAAGGUCUGGAAGCAAUACCAUCUCGAUGAACGCACGAAAUUCGAUACCAAGGUCGAAAAGGUCUACCAAGACAAGCAAGGACGAUGGAUCAUCAACAAUGAGAGCAAUGGCCGUUUCGAUGGAGUCAUUGCUUGCAUCGGCACGUGUGGAGAUCCUAAGAUGGUCUCUGUCCCGGACCAAGACAAGUUCAAAGGCGAAAUCUUCCAUUCCUCGCAGCUCGACGGAAAGGAUGCCAAAGGGAAGAAAGUCCUAGUCAUCGGUGGUGGAGCCUCCGCAGUCGAAGCCCUCGAGUUCGUCGCCCAUGCUCAAGCAGAGAAGACUUACGUCCUCGCGCGCAGUGAGAAGUGGAUCAUUCCCCGCAAUCCAUUCAUCGACAUUCUCCUCUCCCUCAACAUCUUCGGCUCCGAAACAAUCUUCUCCUGGAUCCCCGAGAACCUCCUCCGCCUCUUCUUCUACCGCGACCUGGCCGACAUCUCCCCACCCCGCAACGACGCCGGCAAGGGCCUCUUCACCGAGACCCCCAUGGUCAACAACGACGUCCUCGAACAGAUCCGCUCCGGCAAGGCCUCCUGGCUCCGCGGCGACAUCAAAAAAUUCACCCCAACCGGCAUCCUCUUCAACCACCGCAGCCAAGGCGUGCCGAAAAAUGGCCCUGGCCGCGAAGAACUGAUCGAAGGCGACGUCUGCAUCCUCGCCACCGGCUACCAACGUCCCUCCCUCUCUUUCCUCCCGGAAGAGUGUUUCGAGAAAUUCUACGAACCCCCGAACUGGUACCUCCAGGUCUUUCCCCCGAAACACGCCACCAUCUGCGCGAACAACUGUACCUACAUCAACGCCAUCGGGACCGUGGGGAACUAUCACAUAGGAAUCUACACCCGCUUCCUCCUCAUGUUCCUCGUGGACCCCCUCGCCCGGCCUUCCGAGUCCCGGAUGAAGACCUGGGUGGAUUUCACACGGUGGGUGAAAUUGAGGGCGCCCGCGGGCGCGUUUGAGUUCUUCACGUAUGCGGAACUGAUCUAUUGGUUCGUUUUCGUCGUGGUGGUCAAUCCGUUCCGGUGGAAGUGGGCGGCUUUUGUGCUUUUUGGGAUUGGGGUGGGUUUGCCGAGGAGGAUUGUGGAGGAGGAGGAUAAGUUAAGGAAUGGGUUUGCUAAGGCGAGGGAUGGUGGGGAAAGGAAGAAGGUGUCGUGA